AUGGACAAAGAGGCGUCAAGCGAAUCGAAGGGGAAAGAGUUUAAGAACUUUGAUGGAAGCUCAAAGAAGUUGCGGGAAACAGUGUCUGAAACCAAAAAGAAAGAGAUAAAAGGGAUCAUUGCACGCCAUGAGGAGUUGUCUAAAGAAUUAUUCUAUACAAUAGAAAGUGAGAAAAAUGAUGAUCCUGAUUGGAAUCAAAUAGAUAAAAAAUUACACUCGUAUCUACAGGCACGAAGGCUCCAAUAUGAAAGUCAGUUUAGAGAUUUUGCCACUUGCGAUGAGAUACUUACAGUCCUUUUCAGCGCAGAGAGCGCGACCCAAAAAGAAGUUUAUAAACCAUACGAACUAAGAAUUAGCACUUCUCUCACAUCGAGUGGGACAAAUACGAGCUCAACUCGUCCAGAAGCCGGCCCGAGUUCCGCAUCGACUGAACCUUCAACUCCAACAGAACCAUCACCUACCACGAAAAGACCAAAACGCAUACCACCACCUCCCAUCGAGCGAAUGGUGACGCGAGCUGCGAGUGGUGCUAUUGCGCCUAAAAGCGUUGACGAGAUAUUGAAGGAAGCUGAGCGAAAUGCUCACCCAUAUUCCCCAAUAUCUGCUUCUGCAACUUCACCACAAAGCGCAAAGUUUCCUAUAAAGAUAUCAGUAAAUACGCAUCCGAGAAAAGACAGUAAACGCAUAACGUCUGGACGAUCCCCAGACUCUGCUAGAACACCCACAGCACAUUCAUUACCUCGUCAAGCUGAACAACCGUUUUCAAGACCAUUCGAUCGCGAGGCGAUUCUUGCACAUUAUCAAGAGGCGCCACUUCAUUCUGUUUUACAAGAGUUUAACAAAGUCAUAUUCACUUCUGAUUGGCAGCUUGCUCAGGAAGAGGUUAGAACGGUGAAAGUUUUGAAAGAAAUUGAAGAUCGAAAAGUAAAUCAGGCCCUGAGCACAAGACAGAGAGAGAGGUUCAAAGAUCCAACUCGUCUACCUAUUUUAUGGGAUGUUUUACUCUACCAGAUGAAUUUGAUGGCUAUCGAUUUUUAUGAGGAGAGGAAGCUAAAGAAAUUAUGGGCGUACCAAUUGGCUCAUGCUUGUGCUGAAUGGCAUACUUGCAGUGAGGAAAAGAAGCGCACUCUCUGUGUUCGGCGUUUAAAUUCUCAGAAAGCCGCUAGCAUACAACCAGACAUAACUAUCAAACAAGAAGAGGACUCAUGUCUAAUUGAAGGCAAUCAAACAUAUGGGAUUAAACAGAACAUUGGAACAACGGGUGUUAUGCGCGAUGAAGUCAUGGUCGACGUCUGUUCAGUAGAAGAAGACCAAGAAUCUUCAAUCCUCAGCAAAAAGUUUAUAAAUGCGACAGAUAGCGCAACACCCCGUCCAUUAUCUCCAAAUGACUGUGAACGAUUACGUGAAAAGAUAAGUGCAAUGAGCUUCAACCAAAGUAUAUUUCCGCUGCCUGAAGGUGUUGAAAGUGCCGAGGAAUUGUUUCCAGAGUUGCCAGUAUUUGGUGCGUCCGGAUUACCGAACGGAUAUUAUAUGGACCCUUGUGAUUAUGGACCGCUUGUUCCUUUGUCUCCCGUUAUUUACCGCCGACGUAAGAAACUGAAAAAAGAUACGAAAUUCGAACGCCACGAUUUAGAAAGUUCAAAACGGGUCAAAAAGGCCAAAUCCGAAGGAGAGGAGAACUUGACUACAUCUUUGUUUGCAUCAUCUGCGCCUGCCGAGACGCGAAGGAAAAUUCGUAAACCUCCAAUGACGGCAAUAAAGACAAAUAACAAGUGGUCAGCAGAAGACGAUGAGAUAUUACUAUCUCUCAUUUCGUCUGGUAAUUGGUCUUACAUAGCAGAAACGAUAAACACCAUGAGAGCAACAGUGUCUGGCUUCAGGCGCACACCAUAUGAGUGCUACGAUCGCUGGAAAUCGAUUGAUGACAUAAGCAAAUACAUAAUUCAAGAUAACGAUGCAUCAAGUUCUGAAAGCGAAGAGAUAUCCUCAGUUCUUGGUACAUCUGGUGCGGGCACAUCAGCGGGCACAGCCUCAUCAAGUCUCACAUCCGGCAACAAAAUAAGAAAAGAACUGCAAAGGAAAGAUUCGAAAAAUAAAAUACCGAAAUUUGAUCCUGCGAAGAGCCGACGUCAGGCUAACCUGGCAGAAGCUAUUAAAAAGUCAGCAAAGAAGAGAGAGGAGGCCGUCAGAAGACCACACACAGCGCAAUCUAAGAAAACUGCAGAAACCGCUGCUUCCUCAACGAGAACACCGACACCUUUGGAAUUAAGUCGACUUAAAUUGGACCAAGAUCGCGUACAACAGCAGGUCAUACAAGAGCAGAGGCAGGCUGCUGCUUUAGCUAUGCAAGGACGGCAAGCGUCCGCCAUACCUCGCCCUUCACUGCAAGGAGUUUCUCAUAUACAGGGUCAACUUAACCAAUCGGUCACCCGCCCGUCUGUAACUACUAACGCAGUCACAUCAGCUAAUCAACAUCAACUUCACGCUCUCAUGAUGCAACAACGACAUGCAGUACUGAACCAGCGAACUCCUCAACAGCAAUAUUCACAAAUGACUCCGACAAUAACUCAGGUUACUCAAGCUCAUCCGACGCAAUUAAUGACAGUACAAAACCCCCAAUUUUACCCAUUUUACAAUCGCGUUCAAGCUCGUGCCACUCAAAUGCUACAAGGCGCUCAAGUGUCGUGA